UCAUAACUGAUGUCACGAAUACAAGUUUUGUCGCGACACGGCUCAUUUAUAUUCGGAGAUUGCGCUUCUGCAAGAUCAAAAGUGUUUGCGAAUUAUAAAAACUAGCAACCUGCUUAAAGUGACUGCAUUAUCACUUCAAGAUGUUACGACACUGUUUUUGUUUACGUCAGAUAAAUAAGUUAUUGAGGGCAAACUGUGCAGGAUUGAUUUUAACGAUAGACUUCUUGAGCCUGUUCAGUCGGUGAUGCCUGUCGUAAAAACGCAUCAUAUUCACCUCCGCGUCGAUUGAUUGUGUGCAUAUACUUACUAAUAGUCGAUAGCAUCGUCGAGUGUUACGUAAUAUAGGUAAAGUGUCGCUAAAACUACCAUUUGAUGAUUUUUCUGUGCAACAAACCAUGCAAUCACAUGUGAAUAUAACACGAAGCAAAUGCAUUAGAAGACUUUUACUUGCAUUACUGCUAAUAGGCAUAUGUUUUGGUGCUGGAGAUUUACUUGAAGCUGUAAAAGUUAUACUGUACUCCAACUCUGUCACUGUGGGAAGCAUUGGUAAACCUCAAAUGUCAGAGUCGUCAAAUGUGCGCGUGUUUGACACGUCAGUGGACUAUUCUAAUUCGAAACAGAUCUUCAAAUGCGUUGAUAUGAGAAUAGAACAUCUGGCGACCACUCCGAUCUGCGUUUAUGACCCAACGACCGAUAUCUUUGUUUCAAAGGACAUAAUCAGCAAAGGGAGUUUCGAAGGUGAUUAUAUAAAAGAAGUGGUAAAAAUUCUGCAAGAUAAUCUCAGUCUUUCCUUCGUGGACAUAGGUUGUAACGUGGGUGUCUACACGCUGGCUGUCGCCAAGUUCGGACGGGAGGUGAUCGCUCUGGACGCUAACCGAAAGAAUCUGGUGAUGGUUGCGACAUCUCUUGUGAAGGGAAAUCUCACGGGAAAGGUUACAUUGAUCUGGAAUGCACUCUCGGACAGGGUAGAAGCACUUGGAUUUAAACAUAAGGAAGGAAACAUCGGUGCUUUGCAAAUGGAAAGUGGAAUAAGGGCCACAAAUGAUAGCAGGGGCGAUGAAAGCUCAAUGGCAAUCGUGCUGGAUGAUUUAGUGCCGCUAUUAAGGAAAAGAUCACUGUUUGUAAAAAUGGACAUAGAAUCCUAUGAGUAUAAAGCCAUGUCAGGUGGAAAGAAGUUCUUUGAGGAGGUCGAUGUAAGAUUUUUGUUAAUGGAAUGGGAUUUUCACAGAACGUCAGUCGAAGGUUCAAGAAUUAUUCAGUUCAUGACAGAGAGGCGGUUUAGACCGGUUUUGCCGUUACAGAGGCUAGUUUCAUUGAACGUUGAAAACCGGAAUACAUGGCCUAACGAAAUAAUGUGGAUAAGAAUUUAAACAGUGUCACGUUCCAUUUAAGUAAGACGGAUAACGUUUCCGAUCAAAAUUUAUAACAGCUUCACCAUCUAGGGUGUGCACAUAUUUAUUUCAGAUUUGUUUACUGAAAUAUAUUUUUUUAUAUUAAUGUCAAAGUAAGGUCUUUCUGAUCGGUUUGAGUACAUUACACAUACCUUCAUCAAAAGUGCCAUCCUUCAUAAAUUUAGCACUGAAAUAUAAUAUUGGCAAUAAUUAACUCAAUGUAUUCAAAUAAAUGAAAACCGGAAUCAUCUGAAUCUGUUCUAGUAUAAUAAUAUGUGAACACAUGACAUGCAUUUUUUGUUUGAUGCAUUUUCAAAAUAAAAAGCGAUAUGCUUUGGUGAAA